GCUCCCCGCCUCCAUCGGUCAUCCCACUGUCGUACACCGCUAUCUUUAGUAAGGCUUAACCACGAAGUUGCGCAGGCUGAGACUGCCCACGAACUCUACCUGGAAACACUCGACAGCCCUUCUAUAUAUUUUUGGUUAUCCUUUACUCGAAAGUGUGGUUUAUAUAUUUUUUUAAAUAUGGGGGAAUGACACGUACAUUUUCACCCAGCUCCGUUUGAUGUGACAAGCGUGUUCCAGGAUGUUGCUUCGGAGACGCAUUGACCGACCUCCCAGGGCUAGGCUAUGUCCCGGGCUACUGUUGUGUAUUGUGUUCGCUACCGUAGCUGCCAGCGUUCCAGAGAAGCGAUGCCCUCAUCAUAUAGACUGUGCCCGGGAGAAGCGGGAGUUCUGCCAGCCAGGCUCCUCCCGCUGUGGGCCCUGCCACACGCCAUUUGAGGAGGAUGAGGAAGGGAAGUGCGUGAUCCGAAAACACCACCGUCCCGAGACUUCCUAUUCAGACUUGGAUGAAGAAAUUGACUUCUUGUCCUCUGUCAUUGCCAAACAGCAAUUGUCCAAAGACAAACAGUCAGUUUCGCCAUCUCGAGUGACGGACGGGUCUCGGACAGACGGAGACGCCCAGCAGCGCGCUGUUCUCCAGCCGUCCACCACGCCGGGCCCCUCCACCCCGACGCACCAAACCCCCAAACCCCCGCUGCCCCUCACCCAGGUGGCCCGCAGCGGUCCUGGCGCCCGGACCAACCUCUCCAGGGACACCCUGCUCGUCAUUGUAAUCUCCAUCUGUAUCAUCGUUGGAACAAUAUCUAUGAUCUUUGCAACUGUCUUCUGGGUGAAGCUGCAGAGAGAAUCGCGACUGGCGCAGAAGGUCGACUACCCCGCAUUUGGAACAGCAGGCCCAGUCAAGAUGCCCUCUGCCAAUGGAACUAAGCGGUCUGGAGAUAAAGAUUUGGCUCAGAGUGCCCAGAUGUAUCACUACCAACAUCAGAAGCAGCAGAUGCUUUCACUGGAAAAACAUAAGGACAAUCCCAGAGUGUCUGAGUCAGGGGCUACAUCUGAUGAGGAGAAUGAGGAGGGGGACUUUACUGUGUAUGAGUGUCCAGGACUAGCACCGACUGGAGAGCUAGAGGUGAAGAACCCACUGUUUGAUGACUCCACUCUAAACCAGCAGAGGAAUCACAAGUGACCUGGACACACACACACACACACACACACACACACACACACACACUCACACAUACACACACACACACAUACACACAUAUGCUGAUUGCAGUUCAAAUACCCAAACCUCACCUGAGGCCCUUUGUUACAGAUGCCCCUUAGAACAAACAUAAUAGGGAAACUGCCACAAAAGAAAGAAUAAUAAACAGAUUCAUAUGGACUUGUCAUGAAUACUUGUGAGGAUUCAUCUGUGAAUUGUAUUCACAACUCUCUCUCUUUCUCUCUCUCUCUCUCUCUCUCUCUCUCUCUCUCUCUCUCUCUCACUUCAGUUUUUCUCUGUUGUUUCUGUGGUUUUGGACUUGCUUUACUGGCAUUAUUAUUUUUUCUUUUGAGUAGAGUACUUAGAGGUAUAAUUCUGUGUUUUGAUAUUUCUUGUCUGUCACUGAUAUCAGAUCACUGUCUCCCUGUUGUGCUAUCCUUAUGUGACCUGGAAUAAGUCAUGAUCUCAUGACUUACUAACUUGAGACACCAUCAACCACAAUUAGUGAUUACUGUCCGUUUUCUAUGAGAGCUAGUUACUAGUGGCACUUCAGUGUUUGUACAAACAAACAAACAAAAGGAAGCAUUCCCUCUGACCGUUCUAAAAAAAUCUGAAAAGUCCCUCUGGUGUCGAUGCGCCUACUGUUUCUCUGGAUCAUCAUUCUUUCUCUUUCUCUCUGACUUUCUCAUUUCCGCACACUAUUACCAUACAUAGAAAUGCAUCAGUCGAUCAUCCUGUCAAUCUGAUGCAUAGUUAUGCUCCCUCUGUCUGCCUCUGUCAUGCCUCGACCUCUGCAUUUUCCUCUCCCUUUCUCAGACCUAAUUAAUGUGUUAAGGUAGAGCAGAGGUUGAAAUCAGAUCAAGAAUUUAUUGGUCAAACGUGUCAUGUCUGUAAUGACAAAAACAAGCCAUGAAGUCAUGAAAUAGAUUGGAUGAAGGGUCGAGAAAGCUUGCAGCUAAGCUGUGAAAACUGUUUUUUUUUUUUUACUUUUUAUUACAGUAAAUUGACAUGAUAUGUGUCUACAUUGUAUGGUGUUUAGUUUAAAUUAGAUUCUACAUAUUUUCCUGACAUACAUGUUCACCUUUGUCCAAUGAAAUGUUAAUUGUUCUUACAAAUAUAUAUACUGUAUCUAAACAUAUCAGUUAGAAACUGAUCAGAAUCCCCUAAAGUCUGCAGGAAUACCACUAUAUUGCUCUUUAACUAAAGUAUGUCUUCAUGUACUAAUAAAUAUCACAUAGUGAAAUAGAAAAAGCCUGGUCUGCUGAUGUAUAUUCACAGAAAAUAUUGAUUGUGUCACAUUUUAUAUAUUUGUACAUGCAAGACCCAAAUAAACAUUGAAACCAUUAAAAGAAUAUAAUUG